AUGACAACUCGACUUCUCCUUGCCAGUGCUCCACUUAGUCUCCAAGUCUCUUCCGGGCAAGAGCACCACCGAGCAUCACCCCUAGCGCACGGACCCGGAAAGCCAGAAGGUGAAACUCCUCCGUACUUCUUCUCCCAGAUACCGAAUGAUACCAUCAAUGCUCAGUACCUAGUCGAAGUGAUCUGGCUCGUGAUAGACGCAGGGCAGAAUGGAGAGCUGCGGAUGCAGUACAUGGGCGCACAAAAGUGUACUUCUACACCUAAGAAGCCGAAAUCCUGCAACAAUUUCGCCUGCGCACUGUCGGGUACGGGUCAAAGAAUGGCAGCCGAUCCGCGUCCGGAUACUACGGUGGCAUGA